AUGGGUUUCUCCAGCCUUGCUCUCGGCAUGCUGCUGCUGCUCUCCUUGUCCUCUGUCUCCUCUCAUGCCACUCCAUGCCCUGAGCAGGACAAGAGAUCCAGCCUCCGCUUCAUUUCAGAGCUCUCAGUGAAUGGCGGCCUUGCUAUGCCGUCAUGGCAGAACGACACGGCAGACUGCUGCUUGUGGGAAGGCAUCACCUGCAACGGAGAGGGGGUGGUCACAGAGGUCUCCCUGCCCAGCAGGGGACUCCAAGGGCGCAUCUCGCCGGCCCUUGGCGAACUCACUGGGUUGCUGCACAUCAACCUUUCAUGGAACACUCUGUCUGGUGGACUUCCACUAGAGCAGCUCAUGUCCUCCACCAGUAGCAUAGUCGUCAUCGAUGUCAGUUUCAAUCACCUCGAGGGAGAGCUAGGUGAGCUGUCAUCUUCAGUUUCAGUCACCCAUGGCCGGCCACUGCAGGUGCUGAACAUCUCGAGCAACCAGUUUACUGGAGAGUUUCCAUCAAGAACAUGGAAGCUGUUGAAGAAUCUGGUCACGCUCAAUGUGAGCAACAGCAGCUUUAGCGGGCAGGUACCAUCUUCUUUCUGCCUUGCCUCGGCAUCCAUCACCGUUCUUGAGCUUCAGUACAAUCAGUUCAGUGGAAAGAUUCCCCUCAUGCUCGGCAACUGCUCUAAUCUGAAAGUGCUUAAGGCUGGUCACAAUAACCUAGGUGGGACUGUCCCUGAUGAACUGUUCAAUGCUACCUCGUUAGAGCACCUGUCAUUUCGUAAUGCUGGUUUGCAAGGAACACUUGAUGGUUCACCUAUUGGCAAACUCAGUGAUCUGGUUACUCUAGAUCUUGGAGAGAACAAUUUCAUAGGCAAGAUUCCAGACUCGAUAGGUCUGCUCAAGAUGUUGGAAGAGCUCCAUUUGCACUACAACAUGAUGUCUGGGGAGCUACCAUCAACUCUGUGCAACUGUACAAAUCUCGUAACGAUUAUCCUCGAGAACAACUAUUUCAGUGGAGAACUUACCAAGGUCAACUUCUCCACCCUGAUCAAUCUAGAAAUGCUAGAUCUUCUGUAUAACAACUUCAGUGGCACAAUUCCAGGAAGCAUCUACUCUUGCAGCAAUAUGGUUGCACUGCGACUGUCCUACAACAACUUCCAUGGGCAGCUUUCGCAGAGAAUAGGCAACAUGAAGUCCCUUAUUUUCCUAUCAAUUGGCUCCAACAAUUUUACAAAUAUAACAAAUACACUUCAUGUCCUCAGAGAUUGUAAGAACCUUACCUUCCUAUAUCUGGAGACCAACUUCAAAGGUGAAGCCAUGCCACGAGAUGAAACGGUUGAUGGUUUUCAGAAUCUUCAGGUUUUCACAUUGCAUAUGUGCUCAUUGUCUGGAAAAUUUCCUCAUUGGAUAUCAAGGCUCAAAAAUUUGAAGGCAUUGUUAUUGCAUAGCAAUCAGCUCAAUGGACCAAUACCUGCCUGGAUCAAAAGGCUAGAGUCACUACUCUAUCUAGACAUAUCAAAUAACAGAUUAGCAGGGGAAAUACCAAGUGCCCUAAUGGAGUUGCCAAUGCUAACGACAGGAAAGGCUCCAACCAAAUUGGAUCCUACGGUAUUUGAGAUACCUGUUUCUUUAGGUCGAUCGUUUCAGGUCCAGGAAACAAGUGGGAUCCCAAAAGUGCUGAAUCUUGGUCAUAAUAACUUCACUGGUGUGAUUCCCCAAGAGAUUGGUCAGCUGAAAUCACUGAUCACGCUCAACAUUAGCUUCAACAUGUUAUCAAGGGAGAUACCACAGCAGCUCUGCAACCUGUCAAACCUGCAAGUGCUUGACUUGUCUAGCGACCAUUUCACAGGCGCAAUCCCGUCGGAUCUCAACACCCUGCACUUUUUGUCUGCAUUCAAUGUUUCUAACAAUGACUUAAAAGGGCCAAUCCCAACUGGAGGCCAGUUCAGCACAUUCCCAAAUUCAAGCUUCGAAGGAAACCCAGAGCUGUGUGGUAUCAUGGUCAAUCAGCUAUGUGGCUGGGCAGAAGCACCUCCUCGCUUCUCCACUCCCUCCAAAGAACAAUCAGACCGAAGGGUCGCCUUCGUGAUUGCUUUUGGGGCUUUCUUUGUUGUAGGGGUACUUUAUGAUCAAUUAGUCUUGGCAAAGUAUUUUGGCUAG